AUGUCUCGUGUAGGGAGUCGGCCUUCGUCACUCCAAGGGGGGAAUGAGAGCUUGUUAAUGUCCGACUUUAAUCGCCCAGUUGCCGACACCAACGAAGGCGAUGGAAAUGUCCUGCCCAGGCAUCGUGAUGAAAAAGGGCCACACCCACGUCGAAACUUUCUUCGAGUCCACACUGCUGGGCAGAGUGGACGGAGCGGAGUGCAACCCCUUUUAUUCCUGCAGGUCUGCUUCAGGAGUACUUGCACCCUCUCGAUGAUAGUUAAUAUCCUGUGGCCUUUUGUCCCUGCUGCGAUUGUUAUGCACUUCGCUCGACCGGACCUUCAUGUUUGGGUUUUUGCCCUCAACUACGUUGCAAUGGUGCCAUCUGCAAACGUGCUUGGCUUUGGUGGCGGCGAGCUUGCCAAAAAGCUACCCAAGGUGUUUGGCGUGCUUCUGGAGACUACCCUUAGCUCGGUCGUGGAGAUUGUCCUCUUCAUGGUGUUGAUCCAUAACGAUCAAAACGGUAGCCUGAUACCCGUUAUCCAAGCUGCUAUUCUAGGGUCAAUAUUGGCGAAUCUGCUUCUUUGCCUAGGUCUAUGCUUUUUCUUUGGAGGUCUUGGGCGUGAGGAGCAGACGUUUCAUGAGGCAGUCAGUGAGGUUGGCUCCGGCUUGUUACUGGUUGCGGGCUUUGGUCUGUUGAUUCCCAGCGCCUUCUAUGCGACUCUGAACAGCGGCGGCACGAGUACCAACGCCACGCCGGACGAAAUAACUCGCUCUACUUUAAAAAUCAGUCGAGCCACCGCCGUCAUUCUUUUGGUUGCUUUUUCUAUGUAUCUAUUCUACAACCUCCAUAGCCACCACUCUAUAUUCGACGAGGUUCUCGAGAUUGAUGAGAACCGCGACGAGGAUCGUGAGAAGGAGAAGAAACGUGCCAAGCUCACGCUUACAGAGUGCCUGAUAGCAAUCGCCAUAGCCCUAGCCUGUGUCUGUAUGUCGGCUGUAUUCUUGGUCCAAGAGAUUGAACAUAUCGUCCUGGAUCAAGGCGUGCCGGAUAACUUCAUGGGUCUAAUUCUUGUUCCCGUCGUCGAAAAGGCCGCAGAGCACCUCACCGCCAUCGACGAAGCUUGGGACAACCAAAUCAACUUCGCCCUCUUCCACUGCCUCGGGCCCUCAAUUCAGACCGCUCUCCUAAACGCGCCCCUCGCCGUCCUCGUCGGCUGGGGCUUAUCCAAGGAUGUCAGUCUGAAUUUCGAGAUCUUUAUGAUUGUUCUUGUUGUUCUGGCAAUUCUGGUCGUAGGGAAUUUCCUACGCGACGGCAAAUCAAAUUACCUUGAGGGGGGUCUUUGCGUUCUGAUCUAUCUCAUCAUUGCUGUUACAACUUGGUACUAUCCGCAGGUUGAAGCAGGAGGUGAAGGCAGUCAUGGUGCGGAAGGUACAGCAGAAAUGGCUGCUCAUCGGUUCUGA